CAAAGGGCUCUUCAUCCUCUGGGCAGUGCCAGGCCAGGGGGGGCGGCCCCUGCAACCCCCCACCCUGCAGCAGAUCCAAGCGCUGGUGAGGCACAUGGCUGAGGAUGCACAGGAGCUUUUCGCCUUCUAUGAGAAGGACCAGCACCUGGCCAUCAACAACCUCUGCCGCACCAACCAUCUACCCGAAUGGCUGCGGGGACCAGUGACGGGGCCUGGGGCGCUGCGGGGGACCAUGACCCGCAUGGCCCAGGCGCUGCAGGACAUUGCCCGGCACCAGCGCGACCUCAACCCCCCUGGCGCUGAAAUCCUUCGCCGCUUGGCCAGCACCCACCUGAAGGUGCGAGGGCUCCUCAACAACCUGGAGGGGCUCUUCCCGGCCCCCAGCCUCCCCCCGGGCCGCCGGCACCCACCCGGCCCCACAGCACCCACUAAGGUCUUCCAGCAGAAGCUGGAGGGGUGCCGGAUCCUCUGGAGCUACGCCCGCUUCAUGGCCAAGCUCAGUGCCCAGCUGGAGGGCAGGAGCCGCGGAGGGCGCCGGGAGAAGCGGAGAUCACACCGGGGCUCAUGGCUGCUUGCACGCUCCUAGCGUAGCCCUGAUGUCACCGGAGUUGUCCCCAUCUUCAUCCCCAUCCCAUCCCCAUCCCCAGGGUGGAGACUCUCUGGCUGGCCAUGGUGCACUGCAGAGACCCUCUAAGCUCGCACGGGUGAGGAUGCGAGCGUGCACGAAGCAGCUCCCGUCACUUCAGCUUGCCGUGGGGACCAAGCUGUCCCCGUGCCACCGCCCGGCUGCAGGACAGCCCUGCUUUGCUCCUGGCAGCUCCCCCAUGUACCGGCAGCCCUGGUGCUGCAGGGAGCCGUGUGCUCCGGCACACUUGGGUGUUCCCUGGGUGCCCAGCGCUGUGGGAUGGAGCCGUCCCUUGUUGCCAAGUGCUGCCGGAUUUUCCAGUGAUUCAAUGGGUCCGGUGACCCAGCCUGACUAAGGGCCACUCACCCAGCACCCACCACGCUGCCGGCAGGGUGCGGCCCCAGCCCACAGAGAGCACUGCUGCCACCGGCAAGUGCCACUGGCGUUGUCACCCUCGGCCUGCUCGUACCUGCCUGCCCCGCGCUGAGUUUGCUGACCCCAGAGAGCAUCUGGGAGCAAAAGACUGUGAGCUUGGUGUCCCUGCAUGCUUGGUGUUCCCCUGAUGUUGGUGUCCCUGUGAGCUUGGUGUCCCUGCACACUCGGUGUCCCUACAAGCUCUGUGUCCCAACACGCUUAAUGUCCUUGUGCUCAUCCCUGUCCUCAUCCCUGCACACUCAGUGACCCCGAUCCCGCAGCACCCCCCGUGCUCACCCCUGUGCUCUCAGUGUCCCUGUGUGCUUGGUGUCCCCACGCUUGUCCCUGUGCAGCACCCCUGUGCUCACCCUUGCACGCUUGGUGUCCCCAUGCUCUCAGCAUCCCUGUGUCCUCAGGCACCCCAUGCCCUUCCCUCUGCACUGAGCAUCCCUGCACCCUCAGUGUCCCUCCGUCCCCGAGCCCCUUGGGCCGUACCACCACAGCCCUGCCUGUGCCAGGCAGGGGCUUGGCUCCAGCCACCACACUGUGACGGUGGGUGGCGGCACCCACCCCCUCCCCACUAAUUUAUACAUUAAUAUUUGUGUGGUUAUCAUAUUUAUUGAAUCUUGGGGUUAAUUUAAUACAUCCCUGCAGUGGGAAGAAAUAUUUAAGGACAUGUUUUUAAUAUAUAAAUAUCUAUUUUUAUGAUAACUUGUUUUAUAUUGUGUUAAACUAUGAAAGUAAUGAGAUCUUAUUUAUGAAUAUCGAUAUUUUUUUGGUACUGUGAGACGGGUGAUGCCCGCCGUGGGCUCGUGGCACCCCUGUAUUUUUGUAUAAUGGCAGAAGGAAAUAAAAGUGUUGACCUCGGCCCAUGGGCCGCUG